CGUCUGACCCACCCGGCUCGGAGGUGCGUGAGCUGACGGCGUAUGCGAGAAGAAAAAGUGCGAUCCUUGUGAUGUGCUGUGAUGCCAAUGCUCAUCAUUGCCAAUGGGUCAGCAAGGACAUCAACAAAAGAGUUUUGUUCCAACGAUCUGACAAUAUUUCUCCAAACAAGAUGGAAGUUGAAUCUUUAUAUUCAAAAUAUGCAGGCCGAGUGCCACCUUUGGAUUUGUCAGAGGUUAAUUCGAUUUGCUCGACAGAUUCAGAUUUAGAUGAGAUGUGGUCUUCAAAGACAAAAUUUAUUACAUUACCAGCUCAUCAUUUAAGAAGAAAUUGCAACAAUAAUCAUCCAUACUAUGACCUACAUCGAAAGCAAUAUUAUAAUAUGCAAAGACACCUGCCAAAAAUACAAACUUUACAAGUACUGACAUUCUGAGUGGUAUGUCAAACUAUGAUGAUCAUCUGCCUUUAGAUCCACGCGACUGGACAAGAACUGAUGUGCAGAAGUGGCUUAUUUCUAUGGCAGUUUCGGAGGGACUGGAAGUUACUUCAGAAUUGACACACAAAUUUCCAAUCAACGGAAAGGCCUUAUGUUUAAUGAGUUUGGACAUGUAAUUAAGUCGUGUACCUAUAAGCGG